CGAUCGUCCAAUGAAAAUGUUUUGUUUUUAUUUUGAAAAUUAAUGAAAAUGAAAAAAUUGUUUUGGUUAAUCAGAGUUAACUUUUGUUAAUUUAAUUGUUCCAAUUAGCUGAUUAUCUAUUUUAAUGGAUGAAGGUUGUAGUUCAAAGGUUACAAGUGUCGAUCAUGCAUUGGAAUGUUUGAAUCUUGAAUCAGAUCAAUUGGAUCCAAGGGCUGUUUUAAUUGCCGAUAUAAAGACAAUCAAGUUACCCGAUCCAAAAGCUAAAACGUAUAAUCAUCUUGAUGAAUAUGAAAAGAAAAGUGGAGCAACACAAUUAGGGUUAAUUGUUACAGAUUCUCCAAUGGGUUUAUCCGCUAAUUCACCGGUUGCUGGUGGUCAAGGUGCUGGUUCUGUUAAAAUUGGUGUGUUGCCAACAAGUGAUGGUGAUUAUGAGAGUAGAUUUAAAAUAGAUGUGAAAAAACGUGAAGAACAAUUAAAAAAAACUCUUGUUCCAAAUUUACGAUUUGAAAAGCGAGAUGGAAAAUCAGUUUUAUCUCUCAUGAAUUCUGAUGUAACUGGACCACAAUCGUUUCUAUUCAAGUGUAUCGGUCAACAGAUUAAAGUGGUAAUCAGACGGAGGAAAAUUAUCUUCCAUCAUCAUCAACAAAUCGCUCAACUAUUUGGAUCUCUGAUUGCCUUUGAUAAACAUUACAACUUAAUUUUGUCAAAUGUGAUUGAAAAAGUUGCUCUAAUUAAAUCAUCUGAAGAUGAUUCUUCUAAUUGUUCUCCUGAUGAUUUACCCAAAAAUGUUCGAAGAAAUUUGAAAACAAUUUUUGUCAGAGGAUCAAAUGUGUUAACCGUUUCAUUGGAAUCAUCAGAAUCUGUUAAUUGAAGUUUUUCAAUCAUUCGAAUUGAAAUUUUUUUCCAUUUGUAUUAGUAACCAUUUUGAAUUACCUUCAAAAGGUUAGCAAUUUAUUGUAAGAAAAUUAAUAAUUUAAAAAUUUAA